CAGUAAGAAGAAGAUUAUUGUGAUUGUCCUUUCAUCGCGUGCAUUGACCACGAAAUCCAUUCUUUGUUCAAUUUAUUAUAAAAUAGCAAGUUCAGACGAUUGUUCAUUUCAAUUGUACAUAUCGAGGAAAAGCUGUGAAACAAUGGUUCCUUUGACACAGGCUUCCCUUGAGGAGGCUUUGAGCAGUGAUGUAUCUAUUAAACAAAGUGCGGAACAAAUAUCUAAAGAUAUUGAGACUAGAAAGUAUGAUGUUGUGAGCUUAUGCGAAAGCUUACACUUUGCGUUGACCUCUAGCAGUGUGGAACAGCGUGUCCAGGGGACUCUUUUAUAUUCGCGAGUUUUAUGUCAGCUGCCUAAGGAUUAUCUGAAUGGCGAGCAAUUAGAGGUACUGGCUAAUUUCUAUGCUGCGCGUUUGAAAGAUCAUCAUAAUGUAAUACCGGCAAUAAUAGAAGGAAUUGAUGCUCUCGUCCAUAUGAAAAAUUUCCCCGGAAAAUGUGUGGUUACUCUCUUGCAGAAUUUCUUCCUGAAUACAACGUGCCAAUCACAAUUACGUAGCGAUCGUUACCGUUUAUUUCAGAUUUUUAAAUACUUGUCGGAAACCUACGUAGACGAUUUAAAGGCAAUGUCAGGUGAUUUUAUAUAUGGCAUUGUCAGCUCCAUCGAUGGCGAAAGAGAUCCCCGAAAUUUAGACUUCAUAUUCUCAUUUAUGCCGCACUUUAUAUCCACCUAUCCGUUGUUGCAUUUAAGUGAAGAGAUGUUUGAAGUAUUUGCCUGCUAUUUCCCCAUUGAUUUUAAUCCAACCAAAAAUGAUCCGGAUACAAUAACCAGAGAAAAUUUGUCCAGAAAGCUUACUCAGUGUUUAAUUGCUUCACAGGAUUUUGUUGAAUGGACUGUAGCGUUGGCCUUAGAGAAGUUAGAAAGUGAUUUGGUGGUGGCAAAAUGUGAUUCAUUGGUGUUACUGUAUGAAGCAGCCCUCAAAUUCUCAUGUGAAAGUUUGGAACCACAUUUUGACCAAAUAUGGACAUCAUUGAAGGUAGACAUAUUUCCUGGCUCUGAUAAUGCUGAGGUCACAUCACAAGGUUUGCGAACUUUGCGUGCUAUUUUGGAACAACCAACGUCGCAAUCGAAAACACAUAUAAGUCACAACUAUCAAACAAUAAUACUGGGUACUAUUUUACCCCACUUAAGCGAUGUAAACCAUCGCCUGUUCAAUCCUGCAUCUCUAAUAGCUUUAGUAUGUGUCGCUGGCGAUCCUGUGUUUGCAAGUGAAAAAACUCUUAAUGCAUUCCUAAUUAAACUCAGGGAGCAACCUGCCAACCUAACCGACGAUGAAUGCAUACGCAUUUACAACAUUAUUGCACAGAUAUUCAAUAUUAUUUCCCUGAAGGGUGAAGUUGUGUACAAAGCUAUAGACACAGAUAUAUGUUCCCAAUUACAUGAGCAUAUGAUAGCAAACUUGCGCAAGGUGGAGACGGAUAGCGAAAGCGUCAAUAACGACUUGCUAAGGGUCAGUCUGUCAGUUCUUAUUGAAUGUGCCCCCAUGAUAAGUGAAGCAAACAGAGUCCUAAUUUACAAAGCAUUGAUGGCUCUGCUAAUUGAUGAUAAAAUCGAUUUGGAGCAAACACAACCGUUAGUAGAGCGAUUAGGAGCACUACAUCCCAUUGAGCUGCAGUCCAAUUGCAUUGAUGGUUGCCUACGCAACUUUAGAAUAUUUUCAAACUUUGUCAAGCAAAAAAUCCUUACAAACUUGUUGCCAUUGGUUCGGCAAAUAGCCUUUACCGAACGUAUAAUGAAUCUACUGUAUGAACAGAUAUUUGGAAGUGAUGUAUCAAAUGAUGUGAGACUUUUGUCUUUGGAGGCCCUCAAUCGUUUGCUGAAGAUCGAAGAUGAGCGUUUUAUUGUGGACCUUCAACACAAUAGUGAACUAAUUGAAAAGCUCGUAACUUUGGCACAAAGUAAUAAAAACUUGAAUUCUGCCACAUUAGCACAGAUAUCGUACGCUCUGAAUGCCAUUAUACAGACACUGCCCGUAUCGGAACAAUAUAUUGUUGCAACACAAUACCUAUAUAAGUUGAAUUUAAGACUCGAGACCGAUUUGUAUGUUGCACAGGGGCUGCUGGGUUUUUUGAACAAAGACAUAAGUCUCGACGACCAUUUCGAACGUUUAAUGGACGAGCUUACGCAGCUGUCUCUACAGUCGGACAACGAAGAGGUGCGGCAAGUGGCACAUCAUUUGCUAUGUAGCUUGGUGAAUAAAAUCGAAUACAAUGACACUAAUCGUGGCAUCAUAAAACGUACCAUUGUUAAAUUGAAAGACUACAUCAAAAAGGGGAACAAGAAAGCCGUAGAAGCAUUGUCAUGGAUGGCCAAGGGUCUAGUUAUGCGCGGCUGUGAUGAAGCAGGAGAAAUUGUUGAAGCGCUCUCUGAACUCUUAGAUCACCCUUCCUUGUCGACAGUUGCUGCCUUGGCUUUUGACAUAAUAGCUGCCGAAUAUCCUCAAUUGCAUUUACCAAAAGUGAAAUUUUUAUUUCAACAAAAGUUCUUCCAUUUAAUGCUGUCAAAACUUGGUCAGAAAUUGGAAUCAUAUUGCGAACAUCACUUAGUGGCAUUUGUCUAUGUUCUUAAAACAACGCCGCAUGCCGUAUUGAAAAUGAAUAUAGCGAAGAUUGGCCCAAUCAUCUUUAAAUGUCUGGAAGCCGACAAUAUACAUACACAGAGUAUAUCGUUAAAGAUUUGUGAGAAUUUUGUCAAACACCAGGAUGAAUAUUUCCGCGGACAUUUAAGUCAUCUAAUACCAGCCUGCCUCAAGUUAACCACAUGCAUGCAUUCUAUGAAAGUACGCAUUUCAGCUUUAAAUUUGCUGCAGGACAUUACAAAGUAUGCCACUUUUGUACUGUUGCCGUAUAAAUUCGAUGUUGUUUUGGAGCUUGCUUCUGCCCUGGAUGAUCCCAAACGUUUGGUGCGAAACGCUGCGGUACAGGCCCGAAAUGCCUGGUAUAUGGUAGGAGCACCAUCGGGAGACUAAAUGAGCGCACAUACUAUGUGUCCAUUAGCCGUACAAUGUUGAUCGUUUUUAACAGAAAUUUAGUUAUUUAAGAUAGAUAUUUUUGUAUGUUCUAUGUAUAAAGGAAUUUCUUUGAACAAUUGUUUAAAUUUUAUAAGAAAAAAUAAAAACAAACAGGGAAAUCA